CUAGGUGGUUUCGUCUUCCAGACAUGCUCAACGUGUCGUGGCUCGCGAGGAGGAUGGCCGCAUUUUUGUGACUGGUGGCGAAGAUGAAUUCGGUUAUGACUUGGACCUGGUGGAGUACUGCACCCUUCCGAUCGGCCACUCUGCAGAAACCGUAGAAUCACACAGAUUUCUUACCUGGCGUCGUGCGGCAGCCAUGAAUUAG